UUCAUGGAAUCCCUCUGCAAACAAUAAUACAAGGGGAACGCAAGGCUUAGAGGGAAUGAUAAUGUUUAUCAACAUAUAUAAAACCAUGUGUAAAUACAGUGCUAUCUGUAAGCGCUAAACCCAUUGUAUCUAUAGAUAGCUAAAUGUCAGUGAAUGUGAAACCUCUGAUUACUGUGGCACAGGAUGUAAGAAUGGCUGUUUGCUGGCAGUGACAGCGGGAGGACCUGUGCCAGGGAAGUGGUGGCUAAUAACCCGCAGGCUGAUCCAGAAAAGAACAACCAGGUUGGAAAUGCCUCACUGCUUUGCCUAUGGCUGCACCAACCACAGUGGGAAGCUUCCCCAAGCAGUUUCAAUGCAUUCCUUUCCCAAGGAGCUGCCCCUUGCAGAGACGUGGGUGCUCCACAGCCGUACAGAUGUGGGAAACGUGCAGGAUUUUGUACGUGACACGCUGCUAAAAAGCCCAGAGAGCUAUGUGCUAUGCUCAGAGCAUUUUGAAGAAGAGAUGUUUGAGCAGACUUGGGAUUCCCCUGAAUUAAAAAACAAAAGGUCAAGAAGAUUGCUGAAAGCUGAUGCUGUACCAACUUUAUUUGCCACCAGUGCCCCCAAACUACGGAGGCAUGCAGCACACCACCUGAAAAUACAUGAGCGAAAGCAGCUUUUGGACAACCUUCUUGAACAGCAAAAGAAGCCCCAGCUGGUAACAGACCUAGCAAGCAGUCCAACUACAUUGCAAGACUCUGCAGAACAUACGGAGGACGAACAUCUCACUGAUUGCCCCAGGAGGCCUCAGUUACUAAGGAGGAAACUGCUUCCUUACAAGUCACAGUAUUUGAAGCGAAGGUUUACUCCAGUGCCUAGAGCUUUGCAGCGGAAGACCCCAAUCCCAUUGAACAAGGUGGCUGUGUAUUUCUCAGAUAAGGAGUGGGAGAUGCUGGAUGAAUGGCAGAGAGAACUGUAUAAAAAUGUAAUGAGAGAAAAUUAUGAAGCCUUAUUAUCACUUGGCUAUCCAACUGUCAAUCCAAACAUUUUACUCAAAAUCAAGCAGGAGGAGGUGAUGCGCUACACAGCACACUGUUCAUCUGAUGAUCUGGAGCAGCCAGAUAGUCCCACUGGAGGUUACACCAGCUUGGAUACUGACCUAUCGAGAAUUAAUCAAGAUAAGCAUCAUUAUCUAGAAGGCUGUUCAGAUUCAGAGGGUAAAGUCAACGGUUAUGUUUGCUCAUAUAACGUUCCAUUAAAUACCAGCCUGGAAGAAGAUGAUACGUGGAAUGAUACUUUAAAUAUGCAGGAACCGUUGACUGUGAAAUAUAUAUCCCAGGGUUUUAGUAGAAAUAUAAAUGGGGAUCUUUACUCUACAUCCAAAUGGAAAACAAUAAAUAUAUCAAGUAGUGAAAUUGUUAGACCAAAUACUGAUGAAAGAGGAUUAAGUCAUAUCGCAGCAGGAGUACAAAGGGACAAGCAAUACAGCUGGUUCUGUGGUGACAAACCCUUGUCUCAGCUCUCUGAUAUGAUGCAUAAGCAAGGGAUGCCAGUGGAGCUGAGACCGUACAAAUGCUCAGAAUGUGACAAGAGCUUUACUGUUAAAUCCAACCUCAUAAAGCAUCAUCGUAUUCACACAGGAGAGAGACCAUACAAAUGUACGCACUGCUCAAAAAGCUUUAGUCGGAACUCACAUCUGAUUACUCACCAGCGAACACAUACAGGAGAGAGGCCUUAUAAGUGUAAUGAGUGUGACAAGAGCUUCAUUCAGAACUCUGUACUCAUUCAACACCAGAGGAUUCACACUGGCGAGAGACCCUUUAAAUGCAAUGAAUGCAACAAAAGCUUCAGCCAGAAAUCAUGUCUCAUCCGUCAUCAGAGAACUCAUACCAGAUAAGGCAGGUUAAAAGCUUGCUAAAUCUAAAAGGUGCUGGAAUCUUACAUGGGCUUGUUGAGCUUGUGGCCCACCAUUGAAAUUGUAAGAUUCAACUAAGACCAAGACCAAACCUGUAGAUAUGUAACAGAAGCAAUAAAAUGAUCUGCAGUGUCUUUGAACUGUAGAGCAUGGAAAGAUGCAGAUCAAAAGAGAAAUACAACCUUGUAAAAGGUAUAGCUAUAAUGUUUAGUAGACCAGAUAUUACAGUACAAGCUGUUGUACAUGGUGUUGCCUUUAAUCACUCUUGCAACUCAAGGAGUAAAAAAUGCUCCUGUUAUGGAGCUGUAAAAGUGUAACGCAAUAUUUGAAACAAACACUAGUACAAACAUCUCAAAAACUUUAUACAAAUAAAUAUAAUCAGUUAUUCAGUUUGAGCCUAAACAAUCUAUUUUGUAUUUACUGUAUAUGAUACCAAUAGAUACAGAGGUCAUGCACAAAUCUUUCCUAUUUUUUUUUUUUCCAAGAAAUGUUAUGAGAUUUUGCAAAACUACAGUAUUCAGUGGAACCUUUAAUAAACAAUAUUUAUGAACUACAGAA